CCCAACAAACGGACUGUAAGUACGUGCAGUUCGGAAGGUGCACGUCGAAGCCCGCGACAGGGGCGACGACGACAAUGGGUCUUCUCGCUGUCGGCGUCGGCCCGUUUCGUAACCGAGUACGGUCGGUUCGGAUGUGGAGUCGCGACUUCGUGUCCAUUUCAGCAACUUUCCAGAGCGGAGAUAUCGCGUUGAGGACAUCACUGAUCCAGAGAAAAUGUGCCGGGCUUCACCAGCACAGAGUCCCAUUUGUUCGUUUACUCAACUCAGUCAAACCCCCCAGAGGCUUUGAAAAGUUCUUCCCGAAGAGAACAGGAACUGCAAGCGCCAGCAAAUCCUCUCACGCCGCAAAAUGCAAGGAGCGGGAACCUUUCGGAAAGCCGCAAAGGGAGAUGAAAAAUGCGGGCGACGAAGGACAAAGAGGAGGCAAAAAGGACAAUGAAUAUGAUUGGUGGGCACGCUUUCGGGAUGAUUUUCCACUGGACCAAACAGCACUCCGGAACAUCGCCAUAGGUGCCGCAGGCAUGGCCUCCGCAUUUUUGUACCUUUACUUCCGGGAGACCGGCAUCCAGAUCUCCUGGAAGGACUUUGUGCAUCAGUACUUGAGGAGGGGCUUAGUCGAUCACCUGGAGGUUGUCAAUAAACAAUACGUCAAAGUCAUUCCUGCCCGCGGCGUGAACACGUCAGACGUGAAUUAUUUGUGGUUCAACAUUGGCAGUGUGGACUCAUUUGAGCAUAAUCUGGAAGCAGCUCAACAGGAACUUUGUUUGGACACCCCAUGCAACGUACCCGUCUUGUACACCAGUGAGAGUGACGGAACGCUCUUGUAUAGAAUUCUUCCGACCUUAUUUCUGGUCGGCUUCUUGCUGCGGACUCGGACGGGGCCGACGGCGGGACUGCGUGGGAGUCGAGGGCGGGCAAACCCCUUCGGUAUGGGUCGGUCCAAAGCUAAGGUAGUCAAAGACGACAUUGGUGUCCGCUUCGAGGACGUUGCUGGCUGCGAAGAAGCCAAACUGGAGAUUUUGGAGUUUGUCAACUUCCUGAAGAACCCGCGGCAGUAUCAGGAACUCGGAGCUAAGAUCCCUAAAGGUGCAAUAUUGUCGGGUCCACCCGGAACAGGAAAGACCUUGCUAGCUAAGGCCACCGCGGGAGAAGCUCGUGUUCCUUUCAUCACCGUCAGCGGCUCCGAGUUCCAGGAAAUGUUUGUCGGCGUGGGCGCUGCGAGGGUCCGGGACAUGUUUGCCACGGCACGGAAAAAUGCCCCCUGCAUCCUCUUCAUUGACGAGAUUGACGCAGUGGGUAGAAAGCGCGGCAGAGGAAACUUCGGGGACCACAGCGAGCAAGAAAACACACUCAACCAAUUACUAGUUGAAAUGGAUGGGUUUAAGAGCAGCAUCAAUGUAGUCGUUAUGGCCAGUACCAAUCGAGCUGAUGUCCUAGAUCCGGCUCUGAUGAGGCCGGGACGUUUCGAUCGACACAUAGUCAUUGGUCCACCAGAUAUAAAAGGCAGAGCUUCCAUCUUUAAAGUGCAUCUGAGACCUUUAAAGUUGGACCCAAGUAUACAAGUCGAAGCUUUCGCCAGAAAGUUAGCCGCACUAACUCCAGGCUUUACUGGGGCCGACGUUGCCAACGUUUGUAACGAGGCUGCUCUGAUAGCGGCGCGCCAUCUCAACCCGCACAUCAGCACUCAGCACUUUGAACAGGCUGUCGAGAGAGUCAUUGGAGGUCUGGAGAAAAAGUGUCGGGUACUUCAGCUUCCAGAGCGGACCACGGUGGCCUAUCACGAGGCCGGACAUGCUGUUACUGCUUGGUUUCUAGAACACGCAGACCCACUAUUAAAGGUAUCAAUUGUUCCUCGAGGAAAGGGUCUAGGUUACGCUCAGUAUUUGCCAAAGGAGCAGCACCUCUUCACGCAAGAGCAGCUCUUUGACAGAAUGUGCGUGAUGCUCGGGGGUCGAGUGGCCGAACAGGUUUUCUUUCGUCGGGUCACCACGGGGGCCCACGACGACCUCCGGAAGGUCACACAGUCAGCUUACGCACAGGUUGUACAGUUCGGAAUGAGCGCUGCAGUGGGUCCGAUGUUUUUCGAGCUCCCACAGCAAGGCCCCGCGGUGACGGAGAAACCCUACAGUGAGCCCACAGCCCAACUCAUCGACCAGGAGGUCCGUCUGCUCAUUGACUCCGCCUUCCAGCGAACGCUCCAACUCGUCAAGGAGAAAAAAGCAAUGGUGGACAAGGUGGCAAAACGUCUCCUAGAAAGAGAAACUCUGGAGAAGUCUGACAUGGUGGAGCUGCUGGGUCCACGCCCUUUUCGAGAAAAAUCCUGUUAUGAGGAGUUUGUGGAAGAGUUAGGGGACAUGGAGGAGGACUCGUCCCUACCCGAGGGCCUGAAGAACUGGAACGGCGACACGUCGGACAAUAAGCACUCGCCAAACAAAUCAGCUGUUUAUUUGAUGCGGUGUCAAGGAAGAUUGGGAUUCAGGUGAACUGUCUUGGUAAGGACAGGAGUGAUCAUUUUUUUGUCUUGUGCAAUUUUGUUUUUAUGAAGGAGUCGCUGAAAUCCAAGUUGUAAUUUCAGUUUACCCAAUUGCUGUUUUAUGACCUCUCUCUCUUUUUUUAACAAAAUACACUAAUUCAUAUAGAGUAUAACCAUGGAGACAGACAACAGUCGCACUCACACUCACACAUCGGGGCAAUUUAGAGUCUCCAAUAAAUUCAUUUUUUUGGGAUGUGGGAGGGAACCGGAGAGCCCGGAGAAAACCCACGCAGGCACGGGGAGAACAUGCAAACUCCUCACAGGCGGGGCCGGGAUUUGAACCCUGGUCCUCAGAACUGUGAGGUCAACACUCUAACCAGUUGUUCCACCGUGUGUGCAUGUGUGUGUGUAUACUGUGAAGAAAAUAAGUAUUUGAACACCCUGCUACAUUGCAAGUUCUCCCACUUAGAAAUCAUGGAGGGGUAAUCCAUCCAUCCAUUUUCUUCACCGCUUAUCCUCACAAGGGUCGCGGGGAAAGCCGGAUCCUAUCCCAGCUAUCAAUGGGCAGGAGGCGGGGUACACCCUGAACUGGUUGCCAACCAAUCACAGGGCACAUAGAGACAAACAGCCGCACUCACAAUCACACCAAGGAGCAAUUUAGAGUGUCCAAUUAAUGUUGCGUGUUUUUGGGACGUGGGAGGAAACCGGAGUGCCCGGAGAAAACUCACGCAGGCACGUGAGGAACAUGCAAACUCCACACAGGCCGGUCUGAGAUUGAACCUGGGACCUCAGAACUGUGAGGGCAACACUUUACCAGCUGAGCCACCAUGCCACCCUCGAGGGGUAAUAAAUCGUUAAAAAUAUAAUACAUUGUGAUUUCUGGAUUUUCCUUUUUAGAUGAGCUCGCUCACAGUGGACAUGCACUUACGAUGAGAAUUUCAGACCCCUCCAUGAUUUCUAAGGGGGAGAACUUGCAAUAUAGCAGGGUGUUCAAAUACUUAUUUUCUUCACUGAAUAUGUAUAUGUGUGUGUGUAUAUAAAACAUAUUAGCAUCUUCGAAUCAGGCUUUAUGUUUUAUGAAACAAGGUUCCCGUAGCAUAUCAUAUUCUAUAUUAAAGCCUGAUUUAUUAAAUUGCGUGUUCUCGCUCCAACCCAUUACUCGUGCCGUUUGUGUAAAUGUGUAAUCGUUGUGGAGCUCGCCGCAUUUAAUUAAAGAAUUUGCACACUAAGUAGCUCUUAAUGGUUUCCGCCAAGAAAAAUUUGGGAGUGCACCGCAAGCGCAAAAUGACUUGGAAGUGUGAAGUGAAAGUGUAACAACAAACUUAUUACUGAGUUACACUGAAUAAAUCGGCCGUACCUGAUAGCUUUGGGGACACCGUCGACUGCGUAAGAGCCAUAAUUUGCUUGAUGUAACUCAGAUUGGUGUACUCCAAGUUGAGAAGCUCCAAAAGUGGCUAAAUUCUCAUUUUUCCUGCACUACGCUCGUAGCGCUUUGCACGCUGGUUUGCGCCUGCCUUUUAGACACGCAACACAAUCUAAAGCCCCCAAAAUCAGCCAGCGCGAUUCCUCUCAAGUUUGCUGAAUCACCUUGUCCGCUUUAAAUGAUCAUUUGACAUGGAUUUCACCCACUGAGCUGAAAGAACUGUUCUCCAGAUACUGUGUUGCACCCGGUUAGUAGAUCAUCUUCCAGAUCGAUUUGCAAGUUUGUGCCUGUUUUUGCAAGUGCAAACCGUCGAAAUCAGGCCCUUAGUAAUUUCUGUGACAAACUACAUUCACAUUAAGUCACAUGUACUGUAGAAUCAGACUACCUCAAAGUCAAAUAUUGCAAAAUUGUAACAACAAGUACAUUCCUCAAUCAUAACCUGCUCAGCUGUGAUGUGCUCACGAUAGAUUACAUUUUGUUGUAAAAAUGGUUAAAAAAAAAACUGUUUUAAAUUGUUUGUACACGGAGUACCUGAAGUACCAUUGCAGCUGUACUCUUUAAAAACCCAUUUGUGUAUUUCAACAAUAUUAACAUGUAUGACCUGCUUUACCACAUGCAGCGCAUUUUCAAUGUCACUGAAAGCUUUUCAACAUUUCUGCCUUUUUAUUACUAUAAUACUGUUUUGGCUUGAACAACAUGACUCCUUACAUGUCCCUGAGGAAUCUCGGUCCAUUUGGGUGUGAUAAUGAAGGCAAAUGAAAAACAUGAACAUGUGAAGCUCGUGGGACACACAAGUAAA